AUGAAGCUCAACUUAACCCAGGCAGCUGCUAUUCUCGCAUUCUGCGGAGUUGCUACCGCACAAAACUCACAGAAUGGCCAAGUUAAUGGUCAAGUCAGUGGACAAGGUAACAUCGUAGCUCAAGGUGCCGCAGGUGCUCACGGUAACGGCGCCGGUGCUGCUGCAGGCGCUGAUAGCAACAUUGCUAUCCUUCAAGGCAACACCAACAACGGUGGUAACGUCCUCGUUAACCAAGGUAAUGCUUCAUACAUUACUCAAGUUGUUAACGCGUACGCCACCUACUUGACCGCACCUACCACCAUCACUCACCAGAACUCCGUGGUUACUGUAACACAACCAGGGUGGGUCACCAUUAGUGCUUGCCCAACUGGCUGCACCAUCAUCAACAAGGUCGACACACCACCUACUAUUCACAACUGGCCCGCUUCCUCAACUGUCAAGACCACAGCAGUCCCUGUGUCCUCAACUGCCAAGACCACAAUGGUCCCUGUUUCUUCAACUGUCAAAACCACUAUUGCCAAAAUCACAACAGGACCUGCUUCCUCUAUAGUUCCAGGUGUCGUCUCCGUUGGUGUUCCUAUCUUCAAGAACGGAACUACCACUGCUGCUACUGUCCCAGCUGUUGUACUUACCUCAGCUCGUGUCUCCAAUGGAACCGUCGUUGCUACGGCUGGUCAAGCUGGUCAGACUCAAGCCGGUCAAUCUGGUCAAGCCGGUCAAGCCGGUGAAGCUGGUCAAGCCGGUCAAGCCGGUGAAGCUGGUCAAGCUGGUCAGGCAGGUCAAUCUGGUCAAGCUGGUCAAUCUGGUCAAGCCGGUGAAGCUGGUCAAUCUGGUCAGGCAGGUCAAUCUGGUCAAGCUGGUCAGGCAGGUCAAGCUGGUCAACCAGGUCAAACUGGAACUGGUCAAGCCGGAGCUGGUCAAACUGGCUCUGCCGGCUCCGCUGGAUCAGGUACAACCUCAUCUAAUGGCUCCACUACUAGCGGCCCAGUCACCUUUCAAGGUGCUGCUUCUGCCAACGGUGCCAGCGCCGCUGUAGCUCUCGCUGCCGUCGCUGCCGUCGCCAUGGCCUUGUAA